UAAUUUUGAGCAGACAUGGCAUAUAGGAGUAAAGUAGACAUCUUUUAUUCCAUUAAUUGGUUUUGUUUCUCAUUCUAACAUUAUUUGGUAGCUAGAUCUGUGCUUGUGUUCACACCAAGAUCCCCUCCAAAAAAAAAAAAAAAUGGAAGCUCUGCUCUCUGAAUUCACCUUCCUCUCAGAUCAAGCAUUACAAGACAAGAACUUUGAUCCAUCCAACAUAGAAGACCUAAUGAAGCUGUUUGAGAUUGAAUCAUACAAGGCAUGGGCAGCUAUGGAGCUUGAACAAGAAGAGGAAGUGAAAGAAGCUGAAACAAGCAUGCAGCAAGCUGAGGGUUAUCUUGACUCAGUCAUGGAAGCUGCGAUGGAUGAGUUUAGGCGGUUGGAGGAGGAAAUGGAACGCAUGGCAAAGGCUGAACUGAAGGACCUGGAAGACACAGCCGACAAGGCUAGAAAAAUGGGAAACCUAAUGGAAAAAGCUGCCGCUAUCGCCUCCAAAAAGUACGUUGAGGCUGCACUUAAUUCUGCUACUGCUUCUAUGAAAUCUGCUUGGAAAGGACUUUCUUCUAAAAAGGUUCAUCCUUCAUGAAAUGAAGCUCUUGUUGUAUCUUUCAUAUAAUAUAAUUGAAAACCCCCUUGUUCUGGGUUUUCUUUCUUUCAUGUCACAGUAUGUUUUUCAUAAAAAGUAAUUAAAAUCCAUGAACUGAAUCUGGAUUUCUCCAGGAAUAAGAAAACUGGCCGCAGGCAACAUGAAGCUUAGAAAGCUAUUUCCUUCA